AAAAAAAACAUUAUUGUCUGUGGUUUGCUAGCGUCGUUUUGCAUUUUUUUGCAGGCAGUUUGUGUAAAUCAAUAUCGUAAAAUCAAUGAAGUGUUGGUAAUAACUACUCUCAAAACGACUGGAAAAUUAUGGUUGAUCACCAGACGUGAUUUGUUUGUGACAUUUUAAGUGACUUCAAAUAGUGCUAAUCAGGAUGCACCGUCGCGGCGGGAAACGCAUCCGAAUGGAUGAUCCACCACCGGAGUACGCAAAUCCGACCACUCCUGCAACACCAGCGACGGACUAUGGCGGUCAAUCGGUGCACGAGCCUGAACCGAAUCGGUUAGGUUUCGACGGAGGAGCCGGUGAACCCGUUCGGGAGGAGGCUGAGGAGUCUCACCACGAAGAAGAGGAAGUUCGCUCGCCAUCGCCGGCGCCCACCAAGCGCAUCACUCGCAGUCGCGGGCGAGGCGCUGACGGCGGAGGCUACGUGGGUCGGCUGGCGGAGUCCCCGCCGCCCCCGCCGGUGCGCCGGCGGCCGCGCGGUGGAGGCGCCCGAGGCAGGGGCAAGGGGCGUGCGGCAGCCCCGCCUCCGGCAUAUUCACCUCCCCCGGUGCUGUUGCCUGGUGAUGAUGAAAACAGUCUGUACAACAUCCUCCGAUUUAACAGAACUGCUAUCAAUCAAGUAGUGGACAUGUGGAUCGAGGAGUACAAGACCAACCGUGAGAGCGCGCUGGUGCAGCUGAUGCAAUUCUUCAUCAACUCCUCCGGCUGCCGCGGCAAGGUCACGCCCGACAUGGCUCAGAUGGACCACACCCUCAUCAUCAAAAAGAUGACACAAGAGUUUGAUGAGGAAAGUGGAGAGUACCCGUUAAUAAUGUCUGGACAGACAUGGAAGAAAUUCCGGGCCAACUUUUGUGAAUUUAUCCAGACACUAGUAAAAAUGUGCCAGUACUCCAUAAUAUAUGACCAGUUUCUCAUGGAUAACAUCAUAUCCCUGCUCACAGGACUUUCUGAUUCACAAGUGAGAGCCUUUAGGCACACAGCCACCCUUGCAGUGAUGAAGCUGAUGACAGCUCUGGUGGACGUGGCGCUGCUGACGAGCGUGAACUGCGACAACUGCCUGCGCCAGUACGAGGCCGAGCGGCUGAAGGCGCGGGACAAGCGCGCCAGCGAGCGCCUCGAGGUGCUGGUGGCCAAGCGGCAGGAGCUGGAGGAGAACAUGGAGGAGAUCAAGAACAUGCUCUCCUACAUGUUCAAGUCCGUGUUCGUGCACAGAUACAGGGAUACACUGCCUGACAUCCGGGCGAUCACAAUGGCUGAGAUAGGCAUCUGGAUGGAGAAGUUCCCGGCGCACUUCCUCGACGAUCUCUAUCUCAAGUACAUUGGCUGGACUCUGCACGACAAGGUGGGCGAGGUGCGGCUGCGCUGCCUGCAGGCGCUGCAGCCGCUGUACGAGUGCGAGGAGCUGAAGGGCAAGCUGGAGCUGUUCACGUCCAAGUUCAAGGACCGUAUCGUGUCCAUGUCACUCGACAAGGAGACCGACGUCGCCGUGCACGCCGUCAGGCUCGUCAUCGCCAUACUCAAAAUGCACCCGGACGUGCUGACGGACAAGGACUGCGAGAACGUGUACGAGCUGGUGUACUCGUCGUGGCGGGCCGUGGCGGCGGCGGCGGGCGAGUUCCUCAACGUGCGGCUGUUCCGCGCCGACGACGCGCCGGCCGCGCCCGUGCGCUCGCGCCGCGGCAAGCAGCGCCUGCCCAACACGCCGCUCGUGCGCGACCUCGUGCAGUUCUUCAUCGAGUCCGAGUUGCACGAGCACGGCGCGUACCUGGUGGACUCGCUGAUCGAGUCCAACCCCAUGAUGAAGGACUGGGAGUGCAUGACCGACCUGCUGCUGGAGGAGGCCGGCCCGGGCGAGGAGGCGCUCGACAACCGCCAGGAGUCGUCGCUGAUCGAGCUGAUGGUGUGCUGCGUGCGGCAGGCCAGCACCGGCGAGCCGCCUGUCGGCCGCGGAGCCUCGCGCAAGCAGCACCAGGCGCUCAGCAAGGAGCAGGCCAAGAUGGUGAGCGACGACCGCUCGAAGAUGACGGCGCACUUCAUCGCCACGCUGCCGGCGCUGCUGGACAAGUUCGGCGCCGACCCCGAGAAGCUGUCCAACCUCGUCUCCAUCCCGCAGUACUUCGACCUCGAGCUCUACACCACGCAGCGCCAGGAGGGGAACCUGACCCUUCUGCUGAACAAGAUCCGCGAGAUCGUCAGCGUGCAGACGGAAGCGGAGGUGGUGGAGGCGUGCGGGCGCACACUCGAGUACCUGUGCAGCGAGCAGUGCGGCGUCUACACGCGCUGCAACGUGGCGCGCGCCACCAUCACCGACAUGUGCGUCAACCGCUACAAGGAGGCCAUCGACGAGUACCGNCUGACUCACCUGACGUCACUUUCAGAAUCAGGCGAGACGCCGGACGCGGACGAGGUGUUCAACGUGGUGAACUCGCUGCGCAAGGUGUCCAUCAUGUACAUGUGCCACAACCUCAACGACACCAACAUCUGGGACUCGCUGGCCGAAGACCUGCCCAAGUGCCACACGCCCGAGCUGCUGGACCAGGCGCCGCCGCAGGCGCUGGUGUACGUGGUGCGGUCGUGCUUCUACUCGCUGCUGUGGUCGCUGCACGAGCUGGAGGAGCGGCUGGCGGCGCGCGGGCCGGCGGCGGGCGGCGCCGACGCGCUGCGCGAGCGCCUGGCGGGCUACGUGGCGCACUGCCAGGCCACCGUCGCGCGCGGCGCCACGCCCGAGCUGCGAGAGGAGGCGUACACGAGCCUGUGCGACCUGCUGAUCCUGUUCGCGGAGCAGCUGGGCGCGCACGUGGCGGGCGAGGCGGCGCGCCGGCUCGUGCUGGACUGUGACUCCGCGCUGGCCGACCUGCUAAAUGCCUUCAUCCAGGAGGUCGUCUUCGUGCACCACAACUACGACGGCCAAGACGAGAGACGCAUCGAGGAGCUGCACAAGCGGCGCAACUUCCUGGCCGCCUACUGCAAGCUCAUCGUGUACAACGUGGCGCCCAUCCGCCGCGCCGCUGACGUCUUCAAGCAUUACAUCAAGUGCUACAACGACUACGGCGACAUCAUCAAGGCGACGCUGAGCAAGGCGCGCGAGAUCAACAAGCUGAACUGCGCGCUGACCAUGGAGCUGGCCAUGCAGGCGCUGUUCCGCGACAUGCUGGCCCGCCACCGCGCGCCCAGCCGCCACACGCCCGAGUUCCUGGAGCUGAAGGAGCUGGCGAAGCGUUUCUCGGUGAUGUUCGGGCUGGACGCGGUGAAGAACCGCGAGGCGCUGGUGGCGCUGCACCGCGCCGGCAUCGCCUUCGCCGCCGUGGACGCGGCCGCCGCGCCGCCGCCGCACCUGCUGUUCCUCGAGCCGCUCGCCGAGUUCUCCAACCGCCUGCUGCGCCAGGACAAGCGACAGGUGCUCAAGUUCCUGGACUCGCGCAUCUCGCACGGCGUGCAGUGGGGCGAGGAGUGGGCGCCGCUCAGCACCUACCGCAACUCGCUGCUCACCGACUCGCCCGACGAGCGCCCGCCGCCCACGCGCAAGCACUACGCGCGCCGCGCCCGCGGUGAGUCAUGCCACACUACAGCUGGGCUGCACCGCUACUGUAACGUGGGGCGAGGAGUGGGCGCCGCUCAGCACCUACCGCAACUCGCUGCUCACCGACUCGCCCGACGAGCGCCCGCCGCCCACGCGCAAGCACUACGCGCGCCGCGCCCGCGGUGAGUCAUGCCACACUACAGCUGGGCUGCACCGCUACUGUAACGUGGGGCGAGGAGUGGGCGCCGCUCAGCACCUACCGCAACUCGCUGCUCACCGACUCGCCCGACGAGCGCCCGCCGCCCACGCGCAAGCACUACGCGCGCCGCGCCCGCGGUGAGUCAUGCCACACUACAGCUGGGCUGCACCGCUACUGUAACGUGGGGCGAGGAGUGGGCGCCGCUCAGCACCUACCGCAACUCGCUGCUCACCGACUCGCCCGACGAGCGCCCGCCGCCCACGCGCAAGCACUACGCGCGCCGCGCCCGCGGUGAGUCAUGCCACACUACAGCUGGGCUGCACCGCUACUGUAACGUGGGGCGAGGAGUGGGCGCCGCUCAGCACCUACCGCAACUCGCUGCUCACCGACUCGCCCGACGAGCGCCCGCCGCCCACGCGCAAGCACUACGCGCGCCGCGCCCGCGGUGAGUCAUGCCACACUACAGCUGGGCUGCACCGCUACUGUAACGUGGGGCGAGGAGUGGGCGCCGCUCAGCACCUACCGCAACUCGCUGCUCACCGACUCGCCCGACGAGCGCCCGCCGCCCACGCGCAAGCACUACGCGCGCCGCGCCCGCGGUGAGUCAUGCCACACUACAGCUGGGCUGCACCGCUACUGUAACGUGGGGCGAGGAGUGGGCGCCGCUCAGCACCUACCGCAACUCGCUGCUCACCGACUCGCCCGACGAGCGCCCGCCGCCCACGCGCAAGCACUACGCGCGCCGCGCCCGCGGUGAGUCAUGCCACACUACAGCUGGGCUGCACCGCUACUGUAACGUGGGGCGAGGAGUGGGCGCCGCUCAGCACCUACCGCAACUCGCUGCUCACCGACUCGCCCGACGAGCGCCCGCCGCCCACGCGCAAGCACUACGCGCGCCGCGCCCGCGGCGGGCCGGCGGAGGAGGAGGACGCGGAGGUACCGGAGGCGGGGUCGGCGCCCGAGGAGGGCGAGUCGGACGGCGACGCGGGGUGAGGCCGCCGCCGCCGCCGCCGCCGCCGCUGGCGCUCGCUGCCCAAGCCCUACCGCGGCUAGCUCCAACUUAAACCGCUUCUCCGCACGUCCCUACAUCGUUAAAAGUUCCCCACUUUGGAAAACGUGAAGUGUGGUGAAACGGUUUCGCGGUACAUCGUUAGUGGGAGACGGAAUGUGAAGUGUGGUGAAGCGGUUUCGUGGCGUUUGAGUGAAUCUGACGUUUAACGUGUCGGGUGACGACGGGCUGCUCCACCUGUACUAACACCAAAAACUUUCGACUUCGAAUCAUUUGCGUAUUCGAAAAGAAGUAUGAAAAUAUGUAUAAAUAGCACCUCCGUAACCAUCACGGAAAGUGAAC